AUGGCGCGUGGUAUCGUCAUGUACCCGACACCAAGCAACAAGAGGGAGGCUGCUGUGGUGCCAAUGACACUGCUUCCCUGUCCUUUUGCAGACAAUUACUUUCAGCUGGCGAAGAAGCUCACGCCGGACUUUCAUUUGCUGAUGGACAAGAUAACUUGUGACAUUGGGUGGCUCGAACGCGCUUUGGCAAAAACCGGCGCUAUUGACGAGAUCUGCAGCAAACUACUGGAGAUUUGCCGGAGUGUCUACAAUGCGGAGACUGGAAAGGACCGCUUUUUCAAGGCGUACAGCUCUCGGUGGGAGCCACUUGGCUUACCCCGAGUAGUGCUCUUCAUUGUCCUGGAAGAGGAGAAGAACGAGAAGCUGGAGCUCGCGGCUUUUCAGCAAGGCAUUUGUUCGCUACGCAGAUCUCUGGCGCAGCUCAGUCGCACCUGCGAGUUGCGGCCCCUGGUGGCGCGAAAGCAGGUCACGGUGGCCUACUUCCGCUCGGGCUACUGGCCGCAGCACUUCGAGGGUGCCUGGCUCUGUCGGCAGCAGCUGGAGCGUUCCGAGGCGGCCAAGUGCCCCUCGGCUCCGGCGCAGCUGGCUGGGAUGAAGAAGGUGCAACAACUCCUUUGUGACAGCGCCGAGUUGUCCAGGUUUUUGUCCGAGGAGCAGGCAGCUGCGGUGUCCAGCACGUUCGCCAAGCAGUUUGAUCCGAGCAACACCUCCGUGGAAACCCGUGAGGCGGUGCAGGCUGCCCGCAAAAGCCCUGGAGAUUGGGUCCUCAAGCCGCAGGUGGAAGGUUCUGGAGAGCUGUACUUCGAUGAUGACAUUCCGCGUGUCUUGGAGUCGCGAAGUGAAGAUCAGCUCGCAGAGUUCAUCCUCAUGGAACGAGUGAGGCCUCCAUGUACUCCCUCAGCCAUUUUGCAUGACGGAGCUGUGCUAGUACGUCGUGCUGUUGCCGAGUUGGGGAUUUUUGGUACUUUCGUGGCAGAUGGAGACAAAGUCAGGUGCAACAAGGUGGUUGGGCACCUUCUCCGGUCCAAAGGGCAACAGACGAAUCAGGGUGGUGUCUUCGUUGGGAACGCCACUGUUGAUGUGCCGUUCUUGGUGCCAUCAGAUAUUUACUGGCGCAACGUCACGGCGUGA